AUGCCGAACCGAUACAAGAGACAGCCAGGUAGUCGAUCGUAUCGAAACUUCUCAGAUGAAACUUUACAAAAUGCAAUUACUGAAUUGAAAAAUGGUAACUCAAGCUAUAGACAAGUUUCAGCAAAAUAUGAAAUUCCUAUAAGUACGUUAUGUAGGAAAUAUAGCAAAAAAAAUAUGAAGAAAUGGGGUGGUCAAAUAAGUUUGACAUCUGAUGAAGAAGGGGCAAUUGUAAGUACAAUACUAUAUGCUGGUGAUUGGGGCUACCCAUUUGAAAGUGUUGAUGUUAGAUUGUUGGUCAAAUCUUAUUUAGAUCGACAAGGAAAAAAAAUUAAAAAAUUCAAUAAGAAUUUGCCUGGCCACGAAUGGUAUAAUCUUUUUAUUAAGCGACACUCUUCUUUACUAAAACCUAGGCUAGCUGAAAAUAUUAAAAGAUCUAGAGCAGCUGUAUCAAGAACAGUCAUAAAUGCAUAUUUUGAUAAUUUAGCAGUAACUCUGGAAAACAUUCCACCACAAAACAUUGUUAAUUAUGACGAGACAAAUUUCAUUGACGAUCCUGGUAGAACAAAAGUUCUGAUUCGUAAAAAUGCAAAACAUGCUGAUUCAAUAAUGGAUUCAUCAAAAUCUGCAACAUCUGUCAUGUUUUGUGUAGAUGCAUCUGGAGGCAUGUUACCGCCAUAUGUAGUUUAUAAGUCCCUACAGAUGUGGGAGCCAUGGACACUAGGUGGACCAGAUGGAUGCCGUUACAAUAGAUCACCUUCCGGCUGGUUUGACCAAUCGAUUUUUGAAGAUUGGUUCCAAACUAUCAUCAUUCCUCACUUUCGUCGAUUAGAGGGUACAAAGGUCGUUAUAGGUGAUAAUCUAGCAAGUCACAUUUCUGUGAAUAUAGUCAAGUUAUGUAAACAACAAAACAUUAAAUUUGUAUUUCUGCCAGCCAACAGCACACAUUUAACCCAACCACUUGAUGUUUCUUGUUUUCGCCCCAUGAAAAUAGCUUGGAGGAAGGUGCUAAAAGAACAUAAAUUAAAAAAAAGAGGCCGGCUUACCAAAGAUAUUUUUCCUAAAAUACUAAAAAGUACUAUUGAAAGACUCAAUAUAUCACAAAAAGACAACAUAAAAUCUGGAUUUGAAGCCACAGGUAUUUACCCAUUAGACCGUCAAAAAGUAUUAAACAAGCUUCCAGAUAAUGAAAGUCCAGCUUCUAUUGUAGUACCUCAAGCAAUGCAUGAUAUGUUAAAAGAAUCAAGAUUUGGAUCUAACGAUGGUGUGACUAAAAAAGGAAGGCGUAAGAAGUAUAAUGUAGAACCAGGCAGAAGUGUUACAGAGGCAAAUAUGACAAGAGAUGGAGACAAUGAACAAAUAAUGGAAACUGACCAAAAUGAUGAGACUGAAGAUAAUCAAAUAAAUACCAUAAAAAAGACUGAAGAAAAUAAGACUGAUGAAGAUGAUGACUAUUUAUUAAAUCAAUUAAAUGAUUUUAUAGAAAUCAAUUUUGAGACUGAUGAUAUAGUAUUCGAAAAAGAAUAUAAUAGUGCAGAUGAAACUGUACUAAGAGUAGUAGAAUUAGCACAACAAAAUCAAUAUGCAAUUAAUUUUGAAACACAUGAUUUUGUUUUGGUAAAAUUUGAAACGCUUAAAGGCAACUUUGAAGAAUUUGUUGGACAGAUAAGUGAAAUUGAUGGAGAAGAAAUAACUUGCAAGUUUCUUAGGAAAAGUAAAAGUAUGAGUGGAUACUAUGUAUUUCCAUUCAUUAUUGAUGAGGCAACUGUUACCAGAAACCAAAUUAUAAGAAGACUAAAAUUGAUCUCAGAAAAAAGAGGAAAUUACCAGUUUGAAUGGAUAGUUCCUACCUAG